AUGCAGGGUCAGUCAGGCAAGGACGCGGCGCAGUCGGCUGGGGCUACAAGUUCUGUACGAUUUGAUCUCCAGGAAGCUGCGAAACUGCAGUGGGCAAAUCCGCUUGGCCUGGAAGAUGCGAGGGGUGGACCUCUUGAGGAGGAAGACGGAGAGUGGGAGCACCAGCGUGUGCAGGGGGGGGUGUUCACCGGGGUACCUGCGAAAGCAGGGCGAGGAACGAAGACACGCAUCAGAAUUGAACGUCUCCGGUUCGACUUCGACGGGAAGCUGCGGAGCGAGGUCUUCCCGUCUCAGGUGCUGUGGACUGGCUCAGAGCGCGAGUCGGCCGCAGGCGGCUUCCUGGAUGUCGAGUGCUGCUACGCCCUUCUCCUCCCUAUUGAGCAGAAACCGGAGCCUCUUUUGAUUGCAGGCGUCCUUGCCCCGCUCGGCGUCGUUGUCGCGUGCUCACCCUCGCGCGUCGCCGUGAGGCGCGCGUCCCUGCCGCCGCCUACCGCCGCGGAGUGUGCAGAGCGCAGAGGCCGUCAGCGUCUCCGCGCGCCCUGCAUCAACCUCCGGUUGCAACUGCAGCCUUCUCUGCACCCUCUGCUUACGCGUCUUCUAGCUGUUUCGGCCGCCGAUCGCUCCUUCGUCCACGCACACCCGCCUCUCUCCGGCGUCGCGUUUCCGGCGCGUCGGGCGGCGGGGCCUGGGCCUUCGGUUGGACGCCUGUCUCCGCGCCCGGCAAGCGGGCACCAGUCUCCUUUCCCUUCGCCGUCACCAGUCGGCGCGCUGGCGUGCGGGGUGGGUUUGCGGGCUCACGAGACGGCAGCCGAGCUUCUCUUUCAGAUCCGCGCGUCACCGUUCUUCACGCACCUCGUCGAGCUCGCGCUCUACGAACUUUUUGAGCGCUUUCUGUCCGGCUUCAAACGCGAGUUGCGCGCCCUCGCGCCGUUCAAAGCCAGCCGGAGUGCCCAGACGCCGCCCGCGAAUGGGCUCGCCCAGGCCGGGGUCGCAGGCGCCAGUCCGCAGCGAGACGCGAACGGGGAGUGUCGCAGCGGAGUCUCAGGGGUCUCUGCUUCGUCCACGCUUCCGCACCAGAAGAGAGGCUCCAUGGAGAGCGAGAACGUCGGCGAUCCGACAGAGGGCUGGGCGGCGGCGGCUGGCGCAGCACUCAUGCGCCACCGAGAGGAGGGGUUGCAGAGGAGAGAAAUCGGUUUGCAGUCAUCUCGGUUCUCCCCGUCUGCGUGCUCGGGGCCUUGCUCUGCGGAGCAGAAAGGCGCGAAUCGCGCAGGUGUCUACGGAGAACGAGGAAGCGCGGCGAAGGCGCCACCAGGGGGGGCAGCGCCGCAGCAAACCUCGCGCGUGUUGCAGCGGACGAACAGAGGAGACUGGGAGGAUGCAGAGAGGGCCAGAGAGGCUGGUAAAGAAAUGGCGUCGCAGAGGAAACUCGCGGCGAGCGAUGGACGAGAACUAGCCCAACCAGGAAGCGAGGAAGCGAUGGGGCCGCGCAGAUCGCGCGACGCACGGAAAAAGGACCGAGACAGGGAUGAAUUCGGCAAGGCGUCCGCAAGAUACGAGGAUAGUCAUGGCGGCGCGAAGCAGGCUUACGGCAUUGCAGAGGCGGAGAGACGUGCGUGUGCGCUCUUCAGUCUCGAUCGCCUUUUGCGAGCUGAAGACGUCUCUGAAGCCUUUUCUCUCGUGGCUCCACGAGCGCAUCCGUACCGCGUGCCGGUCCCCUCUCAGUUGUCUUCCGGUCCCUCUCUCUCGCCUUCAUCUGGCUCAGAUGUCCCGCUUCCUUCGUCUGCAUCCUCUCGCUCCGUGGCUCGCGCUGGGUCACAUGGAGCAUUGUCUCCCCAUCCCGCUGCGUCCUCGCCUUCUGCCGAGCUGUCGCUGCAGCAGCGGUUUGCUGUAGCCCAGGAAGCGCUGACCGCGCUGCCGGGCGGGGCGGCUUUGUAUCUUUUUCUCCAUCUUCUUUCGCGGCAUAGUCCCUCGACGCUCGCCAAGACUGUCGCGUCGUGUGUGCGGAAGACCGAGCCAACGCUCGCGCCUCUCGUUCUCUUCCCUCUCCUGGGCUCGCCGCCAGCAACUUACUUCGAGGACGCGAUGAAGCGCCAGCUGCUUCACACCGCUUCCAUCUAUCUGCUGGUGCUGCAAAACACUGAAGGAUGUUUAGUCGUUCGGCAGAAACGCGCGUUGCCUCUUCUUCGAGCGGCGCUGCGGCUCGGCGUCGCAGGCCUCGCGCGGAAGCUCGUGCGCUUCGUGCUCGCGCUCCUGGUUGCCUAUCCGGCGCGGAAGAGGGCGGAAAACAGCGCGUGCGAGGCGACCGGGGAUCCGACUGAAAAGUGCGAAGGCUCGGCAGGCGUCUGUGCAUGCGCUACGGGAAGGAACUGCGAAGAGGAUAUCGUCGUGCCGUGGUCGGGAGCAGGAGGGGCCCCCGCACUGUGGGCUCGCCGGCGCUGUUUCAGGAGCGAAGACGAAGCAGGUCGCACGCAGCGAGGAGUCGCGCAGAAGAGAAACCUGCGCGAGAAGGCGAGCAGCUCCACUCUCAAGUGGAAGAGGAGGAGGGCUCCGAAGAGCCCAGAAAGCGAAGCACGGCCAGCGUGCGGAGGAACGCGCGGAGAGACAAGCCGACGCAAAAGCAGACGAAGAGAGGGCCAUCUUUCAGCUUUACCGAGAUGUUGUGGCAAUCGUUGA